AUGAUUGCGCUUCUGCUUUUGACUCUUUCGAGAGUUUCUUUCGCUGUCAAUGUGCUCUUAUGGAGUCCGACGUUUGCCCACAGUCAUGUGCUCUUUAUGGGAAAUAUUGCAGAUAUUUUGGUCAAAGAUGGACUUAACGUGACGAUAUUUUCUCCCCUAAUAGACCCUCACGUGAAUAUCGUAGGACAUACAUCAGCAGCCCGACAAAUUCCCUAUCAAUCAAAAUACAACAAUCCAGAUGAUUGGUUGCAACUGGACAUUAAAGGAUCCGCUCUCUGGGAGACUCCAAAAAUGGAAGGACGUUCCAUGAGUAUGGAUGAUUGGGAAAGGUUCAUGGCAAUCAAUCGGAAUGUUUGCAAAGGAGUUUCCGAAGACGUUGAUAUUCUCGAUACUCUUCGCAGCUAUAAAUUCGAUGUUGCUCUUCAUGAGGCCUACGAGCUCUGCGCAGUUGCCAUCCUUGAGCUGAUUGGCGUUAAAAACACCGUGGUUGUAUCAGCCCUCGGAGUUACACCAUACAUCCAGGAAGUUGCUGGGUUUCCUGCAAACCCUAGUUUUGUGCCAGGAAUGCUUACGACGUAUACUGAUAAUAUGAAUUUUUGGGAGCGUCUAGGCAACUUCAAAAUUGCAAUUGACAUGCACAAGCGCCUCACUGCACAGGAAAGAGAUAUUUGGAAACUAGCCAAUGAAGCUCGUCCUGGGUUUUCCGAAUUACGCACUUUGCUCAAGGACAAAACUGGGGUUGUACUUAUGAAUGUCAACGAGUUCACCGAGACACCUCGUCCCACAGCAAACAUAUUGCGAUAUAUUGGAGGAGCGGCCAUAUAUAAGCCAGAAAAACUAAACGAGAAAAUGAAUGCAAUUUUGAACGAGCGCCCUAUGAACGUCCUGUUUUCACUGGGAUCUUUAGCUCAAUCAAAGGAUAUGCCCAUGCGAUUGAAGCAAGACAUAAUUGCCGCAUUUGCUUCAUUCCCUGACGCCACUUUCAUAUGGAAAUACGAGGACGAAAACAAUAGUGUUCUUUUUAAAAACUAUCCUAAUAUUCACAUAAUGAAAUGGAUACCUCAAAUGGAGCUACUUGCUGAUAAACGAUUGUCGCUUUUUAUUACACAUGCUGGGAUGAACUCUGUGUUGGAAGCAAUAUUUUGUGGAAAGCCAAUGGUGACGAUCCCGCUUUUUGUGGAUCAAGCUCUCAAUGCAAAGAAUAUGAAACGCCGAGGUUUGGCUGUGGUUGUCGAAAAAGAUGAGCUGGAUAAGGAUACGCUGAUUGCAGCUAUCCGUCAAACACUUCCGGCCAACAGUUCAUAUGCACUCAAAGCAGCAAAGGUAGCCAAGUAUCUUCGAGGUCGUCCAGAUGCUGCUCGAGCCGAGAUCGUGCGAUGUACAAAUCUAAUGACAUUUCUUGAAACACAAACACCUCAACCUUUAUUCUUUGGCAUUUUAUCAAGAGUUAUGAGACCAGAAGAGCAAAACGUUGUUAAUCCUCUUUCUACUGGAUUCAAAAUAUAA